UCUAAAAUCACAGUCACCGGAGAAAAUGGUGUUUCUCUCUCGCAAAAAGCCUCCACCGCCCCCGUCGUCGUCUUCAGCUGCUCCGCCUCCCAAAUUUCCGGAGCCGCAAAAGGAAUCCGUCGAACCCGACCCGGUGGAGAAGAUGACUGCGAUUCUGGCGGAAGCUGGAUGCACACUGAUGAACCCGUACGGUCCGCCGUGUCUCCCCUCCGAUCUCCACGCUUUCCGCCGCCAUCUCACUGGCCGCUUUUCGUCUUGCUCCGCCAAUUCCGGCGAGAGAGAUAACGUCGAUGCUCUUCGCUCAGUUUUCAUAUCUGGAUUUUCGACAUACAUUCAAUCUCCGAGUAAUCUUCGUAGAGUGCUUUCCUCUUCUUCAUCAACUAAGAGAAACGAGACUUUAGUUCGAAAUCUCCUGCUUGUAUCUCCUAUUCAACUUGACCUUCAGGAAAUGCUACUCGAGAAGCUUCCUGAGUACUUCGACGUUGUUACAGUAUUUUCCCUGGAGGAGGAUGUUGCUCGCCUCAUCAUCAACCAUUUCCGUUGGCUUGACUUCAUUGUUAACCCCGAUGUGUUCACCGAUAAGCUGAUGCAAGUUCUUUCGAUUUGUCCUCUGCACUUGAAGAAGGAAAUCAUUGGAUCGUUGCCAGAGAUUAUUGGGGAUCACAACUCUCCGGCUGUUGUUGAUUCACUAGAAAAGAUGCUUCAGGAGGAUUCUGCUGUUGUUGUUCCAGUGCUUGAUUCUUUCUCCAACCUCAAUUUAGAUGAUCAAUUGCAGGAACAGGCGAUUACAGUAGCAAUAUCAUGUAUUAGAACAAUCGAUGCAGAGCACAUGCCGUAUCUACUUAAGUUUCUGCUUCUUGCUGCUACUCCAACAAAUGUUAGAAGAAUAAUCUCCCAGAUACGCGAGCAGUUGAAAUUCACCGGAAUGGCACAACCUUUGGCUUCUCAAAAUAAACUCAAAGGAAAAGUACCUGCAUAUAAUGCAGAAGGGUCUAUUCUCCAUGCUUUAAGAUCAAGCCUUCGAUUUAAGAAUAUACUCUGUCAGGAAAUCAUAAAGGAGCUGAACAGUCUGGAGAAACCUCGGGAUUUUAAGGUAAUCGAUGUAUGGUUGCUUAUUCUCAUGUACAUGAAUGGGGAUCCCAUCCGGAAGAGCAUCGAGAAGAUAUUUAAGAAGAAAGUGGUUGAUGGAUGCAUACAAGAAGCCUUGCUUGAUCAAUGUAUAUGUGGUAAUAAAGAGUUUGUGCAGGAUAAUUUUGCAUCAUUUGUUUCUUUGGCUGAACACCUCAUGUCAUGCAAAGAAGAAAAAGCAAGGGAAACUGGCUCUCAUAUCUAUACUCGUCUUUUUGAAGGGUUUUCUGACAAUUAUUCAAGACAAGAGAUACUAGGUGCCCUAGUGACACAUGUGGGAUCUGAUAACAAAUUGGAGGUCAGUUCAGUCCUAGAGAUGAUGACGGUUCUGGCGAAAAAAUAUGCACAGCAACUCCUUCCCUUUUCUUCCCACAUAAAUGGUAUUUUGGACUACUUAGAGGGAUUUACUGUUGAAGAUUUGCAUAAGGUCUAUGAGGUUUUCAGUCUUCUCGCACUAUCAGCUCGUGCAAGUCCUGAUUCUUUUCGAUCUUCAGUUUCAAAUGAGCUUAUGAUGAUAGUAAGGAAGCAGGUCAGUCAUCCAGACCUCAAGUACAAAAAGAUGGGCUUAGUUGGAACUCUAAGGAUUGUUUCGUCACUUGGGGAUGCGAACAGUGUUCCUGACUGUUCAUCAUCUCAGGUUUCAGAUUGUGGGGAAAUUUUGGAGCUCUUAAAGACAUCUGUAGACUCUUGCAGACAGUCUAACUUAGCCCAAAUUAUCUUCUAUGAUGAAUUCACGACAAUUCUCAGCCAUAAAUUACUUCAGCCAGCGAUUAUGGACUGGAUAGGGAAGCAUCUGGGAGAAUUUGAGUCGCUAUUUCUAUCCGAUCUUGACAACGGAAAAAUGGCUGAUGAGGGUUCAUAUUCUGGACUAGAAGGGGAUCUUUGGAUGAACUUGGAUGGUAGUAUAUCACCAAUCUGUUUGAACAUUUUGGCCCUGGCAUCUUCGUCCUCAGGGUCUUGUUGUCUGCAGAUUCUUCCGUCAUAUUUUCUUUUUCUAUCAACUGUGGAGAGGUUGACGAAUGAUGGAUCCCUUGCUGGGAUUGAUGCUCUGCUCGGAUGCCCUUUGCACCUUCCUUCUUCCAAGUACUUUGCUGCAGCUGGAUGGCAAUCUCUGACAAAGAAGCAGAGAGAAAUCCUUUCUCUCUCUUUAUAUUAUGCUGCAAACUGGAUACGAGAACUCCUUAACGCCUUCAGUUCCCAAAUUGACAAAAGAUUUGGCUGCAUUAGUCAGGCUACAGAAAAAGAUGUAACAACAAAGCUUCUGAAGCGACUCAGAAAUCUAGUAUUCUUGGAAAGCUUAUUGAGCAAUUUGAUUAUGCUAUCUCCCCAGACUCUACCGGAGCUCCACCAUUAUUCAGCCACAAACCAACAUACUCACGUAGGGCAUCCAGAGAGAAAAACUGAGAAGAGGAAGCUACAUGAUAAUUCCUCCCAACGCAAGGGAAACAUGAAAAAUAACUUGAAAAAAUCAAAGCACACGAAUGUAGAUGAAAAGCUGCGACAGCCAACUAUUUUGGAUGCGUUCAAGAAAGCAGGAGUAGUUACGAGUCAAACGCAGCUACAUGAAAUUCCUUCUGUUUCAUCUCUGGAUGGCAAGACGACAUCAGUGUCAAUGGACGAAACUUGUUCUGAUGAUGAAUCUCUAAGUGUAAAGAUUCCUCAAGUUUCUCGGGGACUUGAAUCCCAAAGAAAUAAGUUCAGGCCUCUUCUUCCUCAAUGCCUUUCCAUCUUAAAAUUUCCAGAGGUGCGGAGGGAGGACAUAGACAGCCCUGAAUAUAAAGCUGAGCUACCUCUGUAUCUGUAUCUUUUACAAGAUCUUCAUUCCAAGCUGGAUUGUCUUGUACCUCCUGGUAAACAACUUCCUUUCAAACGUGGAAGUGCGCAACGCAGUUUCGGGACGUUCAAAUUGGUUGAACUUGUCAGUCAAAUAAAAGGACUUUUUCCAAGCCUCAGGAUGCAUUUGAAUAUAGCAGUUUCCUUGCUGAUAAAAGGUGAUGAAACUUCUCAGACUAGUUGGAGAGAUGAGUUUGCUAUGGCCGGAAAUCCAAACACAUCCAAUAUUGUGGUUUCUGAAUCUCUGAUUUACACAAUGGUGUGCAAAGAAGUUUUAUUCUCUUUCAGCAAGAUGUUGACCCUCCCUGGGUUUGAAACAGACAAAUCACUGCUGCCGAAUCUUCUUGAAGCCUUCCAGCACACUGACAUACCAGUUGCUAGCUUUCCGGACAUUCAACCUUUCCCUUCACCUGGGACAAAAGACCACUUGUAUAUUGGCGUUUAUUGUUUCUUUGAAGAUAUAUUAAAUAGCGCUUGUUCCUUCUCCUUUGAUCUGGCCUUCGAAUGUCUUCUCACUUUACAGUUACUGGUGACCUCUGCUCAAAAUUAUCUUGGUAAGGUAUCUGACGAAGCUACUAAAAAGAGGUCUUCAGGUCGUAUUCAGGGUCUUGUACCCAGUCUGCAUGCCAAACUGGGAACUUCUGCUGAGAAACUUCUCAGGCAUAAAUGGAUCGAUGAAAGUACUGAUAAUAAGGGUCUGAAGAACAAAGGUGAAAUGGUACAGACUAUAUUACGAAUAUAUCUGGAAGCCAGUGGAUCCACAUCUGAUUUGCUCGAUGAGCUUGCUUGUACCAUUUUGCCUCAGGCCUCUCUAUCCAAGCCAACAGGAGAAGAUGAUGUCCGUGAUCACGAAUUCCCUACGCUGUGCUCAGCGACUUUCAGGGGAUGGUACAAGACAUUGCAUGAAGAAAACCUUGCAAUUCUCAGUAAACUGGUGAAGACUGUUAGCUCAGAGAAACGACAAAACUGUCAACCUGAAGCUACUAGAGCACACUUGAAAAACAUUCACAAGACUGUAAAUGUGGUAGUGUCUUUAGUCAACUUAUGUCGAUGUCAUGACAAGGUUACAAUCCACGGAAUGGCUAUAAAGUAUGGUGGGAAGUAUGUGGACUCGUUUCUAAAAGUUUUUGAUUUCUUGGAAGCACAUUUUCAAGAUCAUAACGGACUAGUCAUCCAGUUGGUUAAAGAUCUCCAAAAAGCUACAAGAACAUUACAGACUCUAUGUUCUGAAGCCAAGGGUAUGAAACAAACAGCCAUCACCAGCAAAAUACCAGCAACAAAGAGAUCUUUGGAGCGUUUUCUGUUUCACGUUAAGGCUCUUCUCCAUACAACAUCACGCGGUUCCAACUUCUGGAUGGGUAGCUUAAAACACAAGGACUUGAGAGGACAAAUAGUGAGUUCUCAGGCUUAUGUAGAUAACGAAACAGAUGAGGUAGAAGAAGAAACCAUGUCCGGAGAAGCUCCCAUGGAAGAGGAUGAACUUCCCUUGUGACCUUUAAGACUGGUAAUUAUUUUCUACAUUAAAUCAAUUUUUAGUGUCUUAAUUUUAUUCUUCUAUCUAUAGUUCGGUGAGGAUGAAUC